ACGUUUUGUGCACGUUGGUACCUCCCUGAGCGUACGCAGCUCACUGUAGUGCAGGUGUUUUGCAUAAGGGAGCUCCUCGCUUUUGCCUUAACAGUGUGCCAGACGCUACCUGAAGUCAUGGCUGACCAGGUGGCUGCCAUGUGUGAUCAGCUCAUCAAAGCUGUGAAUGUGAUGAUGGAUGCAGAAACAAGCCAAAUUUACCGACUGGAGGCCCUAAAGUUUUGUGAAGAGUUUAAAGAGACAAGCUCCUUCUGUGUCCCAUGUGGCCUGCAAUUAGCCGACAAAGCCCAGCCAGCUGUAGUGAGACACUUUGGGUUGCAAAUCCUGGAGCAUAUCAUCAAGUUCCGAUGGAACAACAUGCAACAACAAGAGAAAGUCCAGUUGAAGGAGUGUGCCAUGCAGCUGUUAUCAAAUGGUACUCAUUCAAUCCUGGAGGAGGAGAGCCACAUCAAAGAUGUUCUGUCACGAAUCAUAGUGGAAAUGAUCAAGAGAGAAUGGCCUCAACAUUGGCCAGAUAUGCUGAAAGAGAUGGAGGCUCUCACUAGCCAAGGGGAGGCACAGACUGAGCUGGUGAUGCUGAUCCUGUUGAGGCUGGCCGAGGAUGUGAUUACCUUCCAGACGUUGCCCACCCAGCGGCGCAGAGAUAUCCAGCAGACGCUCACCCAAAAUAUGGAAAGCAUCUUCAGCUUCAUGAUGGCUAUUCUGCAAGUUAACGUCGAAGACUACCGUAAACUGAAAGGGUCACCCGGACAUGAACUACAGGCCAGAGCUCACUGUCGAGUUGCUGUGGCCACGCUGAAUACACUUGCAGGCUACAUAGACUGGGUGUCUCUGGUGCACAUAACCUCCGGAAACUGUCAUCUAUUGGAGAUGUUGUGUUUGCUGCUGGGUGAACCAGAGCUGCAGCUGGAGGCAGCCGAGUGUCUGCUCAUUGCUAUAAGCCGGAAGGGCAAGCUGGAGGAUAGGAAGCCAUUCAUGCUGCUGUUCGAUGAUGUAGCCAUCCAUUACAUCCUUUCUGCGGCCCAGUCAGCAGAUGGAUUGGCAAUUUGUAAGAAAUCAGCUGAAUCACAAGCAGUGGAGGUGGUGGAGCGGCGUUACAUCUUUCUGAAGAGGCUGUGUCAGGUCCUGUGUGCACUGGGAGGCCAGCUCUGCUCAUUAGUGGGUUCAGAUGUAGAAGUGGAAGUACCUGCAAAUCUCAGCAAGUACAUGGAGGCCUUUUUAGCCUUCACUACACAUUCCAGUCAGUUUUUAAAGUCAUCCACUCUGAUGUCUUGGGGAGCUUUGUUCAGACAUGAGACUCUGUCGAAGGACGCGGUUGUUGUGGAGAUGGCCAUCAAAUUCCUCAGAGCGUCUAUGACCAACCUAGUCAAGACUGGAUUUCCAUCUAGAGACGAUAACCCAAGUUGCGAGUACUCCCGCGUGGACUUUGACAGUGACGAGGAUUUUAAUUCGUUCUUUAAUUCUUUUCGAGCGCAGCAGGGAGAGGUGGUGAGGAAUGCAUGUCGCAUUGUUCCUCUGGAGGCUUUCCAGAUAGCAGCAGAAUGGUUACAGUAUCAAAUCGUCAGCCCUAUUGAUACUGGUGAUACCACAUCUAAGACUGCUGAGGGCCUAUGCUCCCUCCUGUCUCCAUCAGUGGUCCAGUGGGACGCAAUGACCGUCUUCAUGGAGUGUAUGGUCGCACAGAUCUUCAAAAAUCUGGAGGAGGAGAAGUUGCCCAUAGAUCAGAGCAUGGAACUGCUGCAGGCUGUGCUGAACUAUGAUACCAAAGACCCGCUCAUCUUGUCCUGUGUGCUCACCAACGUCUCUGCCCUCUUCCCAUUUGCCAUACGAAGGCAGCACUUCUUGCCACAGGUCCUCUACAAGCUGUUUAAUGCCAUCACAUUUGAUCUUGGUCAGGAAAACAAGGCACCUCGGACCCGGGCUGUAAAGAGCGUGAGGAGGCACGCCUGUUCUUCCAUCAUCAAAAUUUGCCGGGAUUACCCACAGUUCAUCCUGCCUUGUUUCGACAUGUUUUACAAUCACGUGAAGAAGCUGUUCUCGGGCGACCCCAUGCUGACUCACAUGGAGAAAUGUUCGCUGAUGGAAGCUCUGGUGCUCAUCAGUAACCAGUUCAAAGACUUUGCAAAGCAGAAGGCUUUUCUAGAUGAACUGAUGGCUUCAGUGGUUGCAGAAUGGACCUCAGAGGAGAUGAGGCAUGUGCUGUCCAACCCUGUAGUGUUCCUCUCCUUUGUUGGUGCUGAUCAGGUGGUCACUGAGCAAAGUAAAGAUGCAGACACAGCAGGUCUUAAUAGGGGAAGGUUGAGUUUUUGUUUGUAUGCCAUGCUCGGGGUGGUGAAGCGGGCACGCUGGCCUGCAGACCUGGAGGAAGCCAAGGCUGGUAGCUUUGUGGUCGGGUACACCCCCGCUGGAGCUCCCAUCUACAGAAACCCCUGCACCGCCCAGUUUCUGGUCUUGCUGCCCAACUUGCUGUCUCUAAUCAGGACUCAAAACAGUCUGUUCACGCCAGAGAACAUGGCUCGUCUGAGUGAGACCUUCUCCAGGGCCCACGAGGUGAUGGAUGCAGAGAAGAAUGUGGUUCUUGGUCUCUCUCAGCAUCUUCUGGAUAUUUACGACUCUCCUGUGUAUAGAACCAACCUGGAGCGCAUGCAGGGGUUUUUCACCACAUUGUAUGACAACUGUUUCCAUGUCCUGGGAAAUGCAGGUCUGUCCCUGCAGCAGGAGUUCUACACCAUUGAGCGGCUGGCGGAAGAAAUAACUGGCUCUGCUUUUGUCUCCCUCGACCAUGUGCCUGACCACAGACUUCGCCCUAUGAUUCGGGUGUUUCUGAGGCUGUUGGUACUAUCAUGUCCUCAGGAGUACUACGACAGUCUACUUUGCCCCCUGCUGGGCCCUCUGUUUGCCUACAUGCUGCAGAGACUCAACGUGAAGUGGCAGGUCAUCAACCAGAGGACCUCUGUCAAUGGCGAGGAGGAGGAGGAGCAGGUGGUGUGUCAGGACAGCCAGGUGACGCAGGAGAUGUUGGAGGAGCAGCUGGCACGCCUGCUCACCAGGGAGGUGCUGGAUCUACUCACUGUGAGCUGUAUUUCCAGAAAAGUGCCUGAGCCAGCAGCAAAUAAAGAGGAAAUAGAUGAGGAAGACAUGAUGAUGGAUUCAGUGCAGACAGCGUCUCCCAGUCAGCCCACAGACGAGCUGACUGAGCUGGGAAAAUGCCUGAUGAAACAUGAGAACAUCUACAUGACCUUAUUGACCCUCUCUUUCACCUCCCUGUCCUGGAAGGACACCACUAACUGUCACCGCACUGCUUCCAUGGUCUGCUGGACCCUCCUGCGACAGGUCGUAGGAGGUAACCUGCUUCCCGAGGCAGUCACGUGGUUUUAUACCAGUGUUCUUAGGGGCCUUCAGGUUCAUGGGCAGCAUGAAGUCUGCAACUCGACCCUCUCUCAGCUGGCCAUGCAUAUCUAUGAAAACCUGCGGCCUCGCUACAUGGAGCUGAGAGCAGUGAUGACCCAGAUCCCAAACAUCAGUGUGGAGGCUCUGGACCAGUACGAUCACAGGCUCAUGGACCCCAAUGCCCAGAAGGCUGGAGACAAGAAGAGGAAAGACCAGUUCAAGAAGCUCAUUGCAGGAACUGUUGGGAAAGCUCUGUGCCAGCAGUUCAGGAAGGAGGUUCAUAUCCGGAAUCUUCCUUCGCUCUUUAAAAAGCCGAAGCCAGACAAGGAUUUACAGAACAGCGAAGCAUUGGGCCUGGCAGCUCUCUUCUCACCGGAGAAUAAUGCCCUGUAGGAACACAUGGCGGUUCUAAUGGACUUCAUACUGACUGAAGACGGAGUUAUGUGUACAAACCAGGGUUGCACUAACAAUCUUCCAGCUGGGGCAGUGUGGCGCUACCUAACACAUCUGUCAACACUCAAUGUUUUUCAAUAGGUCAUCUUUUAUUUCAACCCUCAUUGUGCCACAGCACCACUCACACUCUUUCCACUUGUCAUAUGUACAGGCAAGUAUCAUACAGUAGAUCCCCUUUAUUCCCAUUGCACACUUCUUCUCCAUUCCCUUGUGCAUACCAAUAAAGGAGGUAUAUGAGCUAUGGAAAUAUUUCAGAUUAAAGAAUAAUCUGUUACUAUGUAAAACUGUGUUAAGCAGACUAUUAAUGAUUGCUCUGCAGCAGAAUGUUUCACAGUCUCUCAUUUUACUUUUGGCCUUUUUUAUUUUAAGGGGCAAUAAAUGCCCUUUGCCCUGCCUCAUGGACACUAAGCAUGUCAUAGAUUUAUAGAACUAGAGAAUCAAACUGAGAGCUCAGCUGUGGUUUGAUAUUCAGCAUAGAAAUUGGCAUCUAAUGAUAUCCAAACAAGCAAAACCUGUAUAGCCAAUAGCCACAGGAGUAGCCUGUUAGGAAGGAGUUAUGUGUGUGUCGUUUGUGGAGAGGUGGAGACCUUUUCUUUUUUUUAUACUCAUUUAUAAUGUUUCUGUUCAUUUCAGAGGUUAGCAGAUAUGUUGUGUGGCCAUGCUGCUGUAGAGGCUUUUUAUAUUCUGGUUCAAAACAAAAGGACGAACAAAAUGUUACACAUUACUCUGUCUAUCUAUUUGCCGUCAUUUCUUUUGACUGGACACGCUUGAAUGCAGUUUUUGAUUCUGAAGGAUGUGCUAAAGGUACCUCAGGUGCGACGUUCCCUAUGAUGGGGUGAAGAUACUUUAUGAAAACUUACCCUAAGAAGAAAAACAAAGCAGCUAGAUUGUGUUUUCAUAAAUUGUUAUUUUAGAUUGAAAUAUGAACAACAGUUUUCUAUUUUGCAGAUAUUACAUGGCAGUCGGUUAUGGCAAUGAUGGUUUACAUUUUGCCAGAUCUUCAUAUCAACACAACACACAUGUCCCAAGUACUGUUUUGAAUUGCUAAUUUAAUGCAGAGCACAGAUCAUACAACAGCCGCAUUUUGUGCCAAAACACUCACGGUUGACUUGUCCGACAAACGUGAACAGACAAUUGUGUCUGAGAAGGAAAACCUAAUAACAUAAGUUUAGUAAAGAUUAUUUAAAAGUGGACUCAAAAACUAAUGUGUAGCUUAAUCCAAGUCUUUCUGUUGUUUUCUAGCUGUUCAGUUGGUGGUGAUAUUCUGUUUUUCACGUGUUCUUUGUUUGUGUUUGUACUGGUAUUUUCCAGCCACAAGAAAAAGAUGAACCAGCACUACAUUCCUUCAUUGUCCAAGGGAUUGUUUUUAAGCAUAAGUAGUUGGAUGUAUUUUGCUCUUAUGGAGCUAUCAUAGUAAAGGGUGAUUUUUUUUUCUUUUCUUUUUUUUUUAAACUGUGGUGUGUAGAUUCAGACCAAAAUAAAUGGUUGUGGCUUGGAGGGAGCCCUUUUUAAAUGCAUACAGACUGGUCUGUAUUUCACAUGCUGUUUUACUGAAGACAGCUUCACGUCAUACUUGCCCGGGAAUAGGAACAUUUAUGAAACUUGUUUGUUCACAUGUGGCCAUUUUUGAAAAAUGCUUGUUCAACACUAAAAUGUUCUGUAUAAAGGAGAAAAUAGACCUUUUUAAAAGUGUAGUGUGGUUUAUAUUUUGUUUUUAAAUUUAAAAAAAAAAAAAAAAUCUUAAUUUCAAUGUGCCUAAAAUGAAUAUUGAUUUUUCUAUUUAUAAUAAAGACAAAUGUAGUUUAAAUGUUAAUUGGUUAUGGACAUAUUGUUUUUUUGUUUUUUUUUUAUUGUCUUGCAAAAUGACCCACAUGGGGACAUAAUUGUAAAUGUAAAUUUGGGUGAAAUAAAAUCCUAAAAGAAAAAACUACUAAGCUACGAUGAGGAAAAUAAAUUCUAUUGAAUCAAUUUUA